AUGAAUUGUGGUUCAUUGAACAACGACUCAGAUAAAACGGUUUUAACUGGUUCAACAAGCGAUCAGUUAGACAGUGACUUUCGAGCAACAGACGUGAAGUCUGCCUAUGCUGGACAAGUAUUACCCGAGGCGAAAGUUUCUAGCGCAACAAGUGGUAAUUCUAGUACUCAAGCUCAAACAGGAACUAGUACCAAUAAGACUACACGAGGACAAGUUGGUGAAGGAACAUCUGAUCAUUACAAAAAGUAG